GUCUAAUCCAAAGUGUCCAGCUAUUCCACUAAUCCACUCACCUGCGGCCUCCUGAAGUCCUUAUGCGAAGAUUGAAGAACGGAGGUCGAAGAGGAGCCUGGCAGCCUGCGACGAAACGACGAAGACUGAAGCGCCGUGAACUGCAACACCCACCAUCCGCGGCGCCGGAAGCCGUCUCCCACUCGGCCGUCCUUUCUCUCCGGCUCUCCGCUCUGCCAGUAGCUCCUGAGCUCCAGCCUCUACGUGACCAGAAUCAGCCAAUGCAGCCACUUUAGCCGGAAAUUCAUAAAUUUCAGUAGAAUCCGCCUAUUCAGCCUAUUCUGUCUCCUGCUUGUACCUCAUCUACUCUGCUAACGCCGGAUUCGCCGAUGGCGCUAAAUUGCAAGUUUGGUCCCUCUCGUUCAGUCGGACUAUCUUCACUGAGCCGCUCAGCUGCAGCCCUUAAAACCAAACUCCGUCAUUUCCUUCAGCCGGUGCCUGCCAGAGAUGGAGUAUUGAUAAACAUUGACGUUAAUGGCUAGCUCUGUGGUUUGUGGAAGUAUGGAAAGUCAACUGGUUAAAACAUUGAGUGUUAUAGUUCUGAAGCGUCACUGGAAUGUUCUCUUGAAACCCAAGGUUAGUUUUGCAGUAACUUCAACAAUUAUUAACCUAACACUACAAACACUGUCUCCUUGUUGGUUUUGGCUAUCUUGGUCAUUCUUCAAAUGGGUGGAAACAAACAUCCCCAAUUACAGCCACUCUUUACAAUCUUCUUGGAGCAUGAUUUGUAUACUCACAAAACAUAAGCAUUUUAAGAGCGCAAAAGAAAUGCUUCACCAAAUAGCACCAAAAGAUUUCCUGUCAUCGCCUCCCGUUCUCAAUUCCCUCGUGAGUGAUUUAGAUGGCUGUGACGUGAACUCACAAGUGAUGAGUUGGUUGGUGAUAUUUUAUGCAAAAAAUUCAAAAACCACUUGGGACGCAAUCCAGGUGUUUGAGCAUAUGAGAGUUUCUAGAAUCCUGCCGGAUAUGCAUGCUUGUACUGUGCUCUUAAAUUCAUUGGUGAAAGAGGGGUUGACCGACACAAUGUGGAAGACACACAAAAAGAUAAUAAAACUUGGGGUUGUACCAAACAUACACAUAUAUAAUGUAUUGGUUCAUGCCUGUUGUAAAUCAAGGAAUGUGGAGAAAGCAGAUGAACUUUUGAGAGAAAUGGAAUUUAACGGUAUAUUUCCCGAUCUAUACACAUUCAACACAUUGAUAUCGAUGUACUGCCGGAGAGGCAUGCAUUAUGAGGCUUUAUCAGUGCAAGAAAGAAUGAAAAGCGUAGGAGUGGGGCCUGAUAUCAUAACUUACAACUCUCUUAUGCACAGUUACUGUAGGGAAGGUAGGAUGAGAGAGGCCAUAAGAAUGUUUGAAGAAAUUAAAGGAAUUAUUUCUCCAAACGAGGUGACAUUUACUAUAAUGAUUGAUGGCCAUUGUAGAAGUGGUGAUAUAGAUGAAGCUUUAAGGUUAUGCAGUGAAAUGGAAGAAAAAGGUUUGUUUCCAGUGGUUGCCACUUACAACUCAAUACUCCGGAAGCUUUGUGAAGAAGGACGGAUGAAGGAGUCAAUGAAGCUAUUAAGUGACAUGGGUGAGAAGAAAAUCAAACCCGAUAACAUCACUUGUAACACAUUGAUCAAUGGCUACUGCAAAGUUGGGGAUAUUCAAUCAGCUAUGAAAGUGAAGAAAAUGAUGGUGGAAAGUGGAUUGAGACCAGAUUCUUUCACAUAUAAAGCAUUAAUUCAUGGGUUUUGUAAAGCAAGAGAUCCAGAGAGAGCCAAAGAAUUGAUUUUUAGUAUGAUUCUUUCAGGAUUCUCUCCGGGUUACUGUUCAUAUUCAUGGCUUGUGGAUGCUUAUAUCCUUCUCCAAAGCCACGAUGAAGAAAAAGAAGCAUUAAUCAUAAAAUUGGCAGAUGAGUUUUCACAGAGAGGUUUCUGUGUUGACAUCUCAUUUUACAGAGCUGUUAUCAGGAGGUUGUGUAAGAGAGGGAUGGUGGACUGUGCAGCAAGGGUAUUUGGUGAGGUGAUGAAAAAGAGAGGGAUAUUGGGAGAUAGUGUAGUUUUAACUAGUCUUGCCCAUGCAUACUUUAGAGAAGGAAAUAGGAAAGCUGCAUAUGGUUUGUUGGAUGAGAUGUACAGAAGAAGGUUGAUGGUAACACUUGCACUAUACAAAAGCUUGAAUGCUUCUUACAAGGAUAAUGAUGAUAAUGGCUCUCUAGAUGCAUUCUGGAAUGAUUUGGGACAGAGAGGUCUGAUUUCAAGAAGUGUUCAUGAUAGCAUCCAACUACAAUUGCAUUCUUAGAUGAUACUAUUAUGUUGGAUGAGGAUUGAGUGCACAGAUUUUGAGGACAGUACUUCUUCAAUUCCAAGAGAUGUGGUAAGUAAUGACCAAAUUGUGUAUUAUCGUUACAUUUGUGAAGUGUCCUUUAUUAUUUCACCACUUGAAUUCAAAAAGUAUGGCAUGCCUAGCCAAGAGAGUUCCCAUUUCUCCAACCAAGUGUUCCAUUCUGGGUGCUAGACUCUCCUAAAGUGUAGAUUUUUUCUCUUUUAGACCCACCUACUUUAACUUAGAUACAGUGUUGGGGUUAUUCUAUUUUUCUGUUUGUUAAUUCUUAUUACUUUUAUAAGCAGAUCAUACGAGACGACAAGACCACAUCAGACGGAAAAUGUUUAUACUAGAUUACAUUGAUUCAAACCAUAUCAUACUGAAAGAUUCAGAUCGGAUCAGAUGCUAUAUUUCAGGCAAGACAAUUAAUCAGGAUUUAAAAACAUUCACAUAAGCCGAGACUCAAAGGUUUAGACCAAAUCAAAUCAAACUAGAUCAGAAUCAUUAAGACUAAACUAGAUUUCAAAAAAAUUCACCCGCACGGGUAGCUGAGUUGGUUCAGUGGUGGGAAAUUUGCAACAAUGACCAAGGAUUGAAACCCGCAGCGGCUGUGUGGAGGUUACAGCUCCUGUGUGUUGGGCUAGACCUCUGGUGUGUAUAAGGCCUACCAUCAUCGGGCCGACUGAGUCACCGUGACUAUAGUUCAACUCGGCACAAAAAAUUCACCUGCUGAGUCACCUUUUGGAACAAUUUGGAACAACAAAAGAUUUUAAAAAAUUCAGAACAUACCACCAGACUAUAGUUCAACUCGGCACUAGAUCCCAGGCUGCUUCAUACAUAGCACCUAAUGCUUUUUACAACACUGGUGCUCUUUGUAGGUAUAUAUGUUUAAUAUGUUUAACGAGUUAAGCACUCACAUGCUUCUCCAUGGCGUUCUUGUCAAAUGGUGGAAAUGAUAGUUACAUUUGGGUUUCCCAGGUGACAUUGCCUCCACCACCUAUACCAGAUUUUUCACCACCAGCGCUGACAUUGCCCCUACCGCUUGACGGCCUCAUAGGGCUUCCACGGUGAUUUCUACGGGGGCUACUAGCUGUGCCAGGAGGGGGUGGUGGUGCGGGUCCCGAGUUCCAAGUAUUACCAUCUGUUCUGACAUAAUAAGAUAUCACUCAAUAUUUAUUCACAGAAAUAACAAAUAAAAAAUAACUAUUAUUACUGUAAUACAAUCUGAAACACGCACUGUAAUCUCUGUAUGAUUUUUAACUGCUCAGGAAUCCAUCCCGUGAAACGGUUGUUCUCAACAUUCCUUGAAUAAAAAAAAAAGUACAAGUUAAUAAGUCCCACUACGGUGUUUCAACAGUUCUUUUGAAUUUUUGCUUUGGGGUGGGGGAAAUAACUCACAGAUUCUCGAGAGGCAGAUUUGCAAGGACAUUGAUGGUCCCUGUGAACUGGUUGUCCUGCAAAUACCUACAAGUUGGGAAUGUGCCAAUGGGUUGAGGAUUUUUUUAGAGGUCAGGUAAUAGUAAAAUUCCAUAAAAAAAUGUAUGCACUUACAUGUUGCUCAUACUUGUAAGCGAAGUAAAAGUUUGAGGAAGAUCACCCGUCAUUGAAUUUAAGGAGAAAUCUCUAAAACAAACACAAAUUGAUAGUUGAGGCUUUCUGAUAUCCUUCUCAUGUGAGUUUUAUGAAUUUUUGGGUUCUGUCCUGUUUAGUUCAAAUGAAGCUGGAAACAAAAUAAAUACAGCAAUACAAGAACCCAGAUGAGGCUAUUAGUCUUACAAUGUUGAUAGGGAAGAAAGAGAUCCAAACAUAUCAUUCAAUUGGCCCUGAAUAUUAUUGUUACUCAGAUUUCUGCAUUUUGAUAGAAGCAUAAAAUUGAGUUACAAAAGCUCAAGUCCACAUAAAAGCUCCCAAUCCAAGUGGAAUACUUUUUUUUAUAUUGUCGGUGCAGUUGACUUACAAAUAUUGAAGAGGAGACAUCUGGGAAAUGGAGAAAGUGAGUUGACCGCCAAAUCCAUUACCAGCAAGGUUUCUGCAUUGUAAAAAAGAUUGUUACGCAGUUGCAGUACUGAGGAGGGCUUGAUCUAUAUGCAGAAAUGAAACUUACAGUUGCUGUGCAUUUGGAGGAAGCUGAUAAGGUAGCUGGUUUCCCAGAUUGUUGUUGCUCAUAUCACUGAGAAGUCGCACAAACUAUCAUUUCCACCAGUAUUGUUACAUUUGGGUUUCCCAGGUUGCUAGCUCUUUCACAGAUUCAACUUCAUUUUGUGUUGAAUUUGCAGUAAAGGUUUCAACUCUAUUUGUUAUGGUAUAUGUAUUUGUAAUGUUCAAUGAUUAGGUUUAGUGAUCAGAUCUAUAAUUUUAUGUACAAUGCGCCAACGUGUAACUGUGUAAGCUACUAAGCUUUGAUUACUUAGAAGUUAGAAUGCUAUGGUUGAAUAGAGUUCGUGGUGGAUAUCUAAUCUCUUGUUUGUUAAUUUGUGCAUUUCUAC